UUCUCUAAUCUUCGUGAUCCUCAGCGGGAUGAUAUCUGUUGUAAUCGGAGGCAGUGAUUUUCUUUCAUUCAAAAAAAUGGGCGAGUCAGACUGGUCGCGAAAUCGGGUUCGACACCGAUUGAAUGACGCGGUGCGAUUUGGGGACAUGUUAUUUCCGCGGGAAGCUCUACGAAAUGCAACCCGAUCCGCCGUACCAAACGAUAACCAACUUUGGCCGGGUGGAAUCAUUCCGUACGAAAUUGACAAAUCUGCCGCACAAUACACAUCUCUUUUCAUCCAAGCGACCCAGCAGUUCAAUAACUUUACCUGCGUAAAAUUCGUUCCUCGCGGAAAUGAGGAGAAUUACCUGGGCGUCCAGACGGGCGAGGGUGGGUGCUACUCAUACGUCGGGUAUUGGCUCUCGGGCCGCCAAGAGUUUGGGAUAGGGCGUGGCUGCGUGGACAUUGGGACCAUCGUGCACGAGUUGGGGCACACGGUUGGCCUGUAUCAUGAACACGAUCGGAGCGAUAGGGACGAUUACAUCGUCAUAUUUUGGAGUAAUGUCCAACCAGGUUACGAGGAUCGAUUUGAAAAAAUGCUCCCUGCCCAGAAUCGUCUCCUCAACGGGUACGAUACCGACAGCAUUAUGCACUACGGGGAGGCCGCGUUCUCCAAGGAUGGCGCCAGUGAGACGAUGAGAAGCAAAUUCGGCCACGUUUUGCGAGACCCGUCAGAAAAACAUGGCCUGGACAAGAGUGACAUUGAAAGGAUUAAUAAACUGUAUAAAUGCUGACGACCCGACGGAAAUUCAGAAGUAAAAAUUACAUCAUCAUGAUUCGAAAAUCGAUCCAAGUUUUUUAAUAAAAUUGGAUAAUCAAAUUACGAAAGAGUCCAACUAAACAUGUUAAUUAUUUAAUGUUCGAUUGAUGACUUGGCUGAAUAAUGUAACAAUGAAAUAUCAAUAUUGACAUA